UUAAACAUGGCGGAAUGUAACGUUGGACGAGAAAGAAAGGAUAAAACUACUGGAAAUGGAGUGUCUAAUGCCGAUCUCUUGUUACAUCCUGAACUGCUGUCACGGGAAUUCAUUCAGCUGGUGUUACACGAGAAAAAGAUUGGGGCGUCUGAAGGUGGGGAGGUCAGCCGAGACCAACUCACAGAGCUGUACCUGCAUCACGUCAUCCCCCUGCCACAGAGGGAGCUGCCCAACAGCCGCUGGGGCAGGAGGGUGGAGAGAACGAGGGCACGUCAGGGCUCAGGCCACGCCCACGCCCACAGUUCUGGUACUGACAACAUGAGGAAGAGGCCUCUGAUUGUGUUUGAUGGGAGCUCGACCAAAACUGGCACCAUCAAGCUGAAGAAACCGGACGGGGCCUCAGGGCCUGCGGGGACAGACCGCUUGAAGCCGCCCCCGUCCGGGACUCUCGAAAACCCCAUACGUAAGCUGUCCAGUCCCACUUCGAACCCCUCCUCCGCCAGGACGCCGGUCAGCCCUCCGGGAGGGAUGCCCAAGAGCCCCACGGGGAACGGGCGGACGGGGUCGCCAGCUUCGCCCACGUCGGGGACCGCAGCAGCGGCGGUCAAGUUGAAACGACAUGCAGCAAACGAGGGAGAGCGCGACGGCUCGGGAGAGCUCAGAUCUCCGGAGGUGAAGAAGAAGAUUCAGCACGUGACCUGGCCGUGACCUAUGGUGUCCCUAUAGCAGCAAAGAGGGAGUGGCCCCUGGGAGGGCGGGAACAGUGGGGCACCUGUUUGUACUUCAUGCGUACACACGCCGUACCCAGGAGUCUCGUGCCUGGAAGCCCCACCCCCAUCCAGAAACCGAGCUUGGGCCCUACUCCGAAGAGCACUCCUCCUGCCCCCUCAUCAUCACCAAAACCCUGUGGAACCUUCAAGUGCCCUUACAGCCCUGAGUCCUGCCCCUCUCUUCCAGAACCUUCCUUGAUCUCAGAGGCAGGAAGUGACUGACGUGGUAGCCAAGCGCUGUUCUUGUGCGAUGUCUUUGUGUGUAAACCCUGAAUUGAAGUGAAGGCCAUACUGAUUUUACUCUUCUUUUAAGCCCCCACCUUCCUC